UCUCAUUCGACUGACUGCAAGAAUGGUGCUUGAAGAAACCAGAAACAAAGCUGUACCAGGAGGUGGAAUAAAUCCGGCUGAUGUGGCAUUCUUUGCUUCACACCCGAGCAAGAUACAGAAAUCAACUGAUGAAAAUACUGAAACUGUAUUUGCAGCCCAUGGUGAUUACAGAGGAGGCUAUCGUGGAAGAGGAUAUCGAGGAAGAGGCUAUCGUGGAAAUGGUGGCGAAAGAGGAAGUGGCGGAUACAGAGGUUACGGACGAGGAGAAGGACAUCGCAGCAAUGGAGGUCACCGAGGAGAUUAUCGAGGAGGAAGAGGCUACCAUCAAGGAUCUAAACCACCAUUUGGUCCAUAUGAUUGCUACGAAUGUGGAAAACCGGGUCAUCUAGCACGCAAUUGCUACGACAAAAAGCAGGGAGAGCAGAGAAAUGCACGCCAAGUGAAAUUUGACAACAAUCGUAAAUUCAACGGAGGUGGAGGCGACAACGACAUCCAUCAUCCAGCAUCCAACCUGCUUUCAUCAUACUGUUUCCUGUCAAAGAAUGAAAACGACUGGUAUGCAGACUCAGGCGCCACACACCAUAUGACGGAACGAAAAUAUUUCUUCUCUUCACUAAAAUCAGUUGAGCCAGGAUCUUGGAAAGUACAUGGAAUUGGUUCCAUCAAGCUGGAUGUAUUAGGAGUAGGAGACAUCGAAAUAGAAUCGUACGUGGACGGAAAAAGAAUAAUUGGCAAGCUGAACGAUGUGUUAUUUGUUCCCGAACUUGGAGCCAAUCUUUUCUCCCUUGGAACUGUAAUGGAUCGUGGAUUUAAGGCGAAUUUCACUGACAAUAUCGUGCUCAUCAUAGAUAAGAAGACAAACACUCCUGUGCUGGAAGGAAGAAAGUUAGGCAAGUCAUUGUACCACAUGAAGUUUACAGCAGUCAUCCAGAGCCAAAAACCGCCAACAAUUGAAUCAGCAGCAGCAAGUGUCAAGUCACCAUUCUCAAUCGCUCGAUGGCAUAGAAGAUUCGGCCACGCAUGCAAUAAAACAGUCAGAAAAAUGGCGAGACUCGGAGCAGUGAAUGGUUUGAAACUGAACAAAGAAGAUGAAGAGGAAGACUACAUCUGUGAAGGUUGCAUAUUUGGAGCAAUGAAGAGAUCACCAUUUAAGGCAAGUAACAAUCGAGCUACUGAAGUGGGAGAAUUGAUUCAUACUGAUGUUGGAUUUGUCAAUGUUCCUACUCCAAAGGGAGAAACCUGCUUCGUAAUUUUUAAAGAUGAUUACAGCGGAUUCACUAAAGUCUAUUUAUUGAAGAAAAAGGGAGAAGCAGCUGAAAAAUCUGAAAUUUUUGUGGCAUGGCUAGAACGACAAACAGGCAAGAAAGUAAAGAAAUUCAGAUCGGACGGAGGAAUCGAGUACUUGAAGAAUAGAGAAUUUCGUGAGAAAAAUGGAAUUAUCCAACAAACUUCAAACAGGUACACUCCACAAGAAAACUCGAGAAGUGAAAGAGAAAUGAGAAGAACCAUGGAACCAACAAGAAAAAUUAUCCAUAUGAGAGAAGUCCAGUCAGAGUCAAGCCUGAUAAAGAAAGAAAGCAGAAGAGUCCUGGAAUUAUGGGGAGAGUUUCUACUCAGCACCGUUCACGUUCUCAAUAGAACUAUUUCGUCGCGAGUCAACAAAACACCAUUCGAGUUAUUCUACAAUAAGAAGCCAAGUGUUGAGCAUUUUCGAGUAAUUGGAUGUCGAGCUUAUUUUCAUGUACCUGAUCAGCUAAGAAAGAAACUUGACGCCAAAGCUCAACCAGGAUGGUUGGUCGGAUAUCCAGAAGAUAUGAAAGGAUGGAUCAUAUGGGAGCCUAUUUCGAGAAAAUUCAUCACAAGCAGGGACGUGAUUUUUAAUGAAGAUCUGCUGAUCAACGACUACAAUGAAGAGACAAGAGAAAAGGAAACAUUAUUUGAUCCAUUCCUUCUUUCUGCAGAAAUUCUUGGAUUGGAUGAAGAAAUCCAAGAAGAGUUAAAAAGCACAAUACCAGGAACAAGUGACGAAGGAACAUCAGCAGAUAAUAAACAAGAAGAGAAUCAUGAAACUCAUACGGAGGCUCAAGAGAUUGAUCAACAAGAAUUAGAUAUGGCAGAGAACCGAAGACAAGAAGAAAUCAAUCAAGCUCAUGAGAAAGUUCAAGAGAUUGAUCGUGUUGAAAUAAACAACGAAACUGGUGGAGGAGAAGAACCAAUUCCCGAAAUCGGAGCAGAGAUUGAAAUAGAACAGGAAGAGCCGAGAAGAAGAAAACAACAACGUCCGAAAGAUAAAACUACGAGAACUCCUCCUGUUCCUAACCAAAUCGAUCCACAAGCCGAUGAUGAAACACUUCCCGUUAUUGAUCUACCAAUUCCGGAAGGUCAAGGAAGAAGAACUGGACGACCCAAGCAUUAUACAGCAAGAUAUGAAGCCUUUAGGAAUUCUCUAGAUAGACCAUUGGCCAAACUUGGAUUAAUCGGAGAAUUUAUGGAGAAAAACAGUAGAGCAUUACAUGUGGAAUCGAAUGAGCCACAGAGCUACAGAGAAGCUAUGGCCAUGAAUAAAGAAAAAUGGCUACCAGCUUAUCAAAAGGAAUUCGACGCUCAAAUUCGGAACAAAACAUGGAUCCUUGUUCCUCUUCCUGUUGACCGAACUGCACUAAAUUGCAAAAUGAUUGGCAAAAUAAAACCAGCCUACGAGGGAGUAGAAGAAACCUACAAGGGAAGAUUGGUAGUAAUUGGAACCGGACAACGAUAUGGAAUGGAUUAUGAAGAAACAUUUGCACCAGUUCCACACAGUGAAUCGGUUAAAGUAGUGUUAAGCGAGUGUGCGGCCCAAAACAUGGAAGUGAUGCAGUUUGAUAUUAGCACAGCUUUUCUCUACGCUGAUUUGGACAAGGAGGUGUACAUGAAACAACCGGAAGGUUUUAUAGCUCCAGGAAAAGAAAAUUUAGUGUGUUUGCUUAAAAAGUCUGUAAAUGGAUUGAAACAAGCUCCUCGACUCUGGCAUGGCAGAUUUGACCGCACUCUUCUCCGUCUUGGAUUUAAACCGUGUAGAGCCGAUCCAUGUGUAUACAUCAAGAGAACAAAUACUGAAACCAGCUACAUUAUAGUUCACGUGGAUGAUGCAUGGACAGGCAGCAAAAGAAAACAAACUCUAAUUGAAGUUCAAGAAGCAAUUGGAGAAGAAUACCAAUUUAAAGUAGUGCCACCAACCAGAUACAUCGGGAUCAAUAUCACUAUGGAUCCCACAAACAGCCGAUAUUUCCUGUCACAGCAACAUUUAAUAGAGAAGAUAUUAACAAGAUUCGGGAUGAAUGAAGCAUUCCCCAGAGUGACUCCAGCAGAUCCAAAAGUGAAACUUACUGUGUGUAAAGGACAACAGAGCGAGGGAGAGAGAGGUUACAGCUUUCGCGAAGCUGUAGGCGCUCUGUUGUAUAUAGCCCUUCAAACCCGCCCAGACUUAGCCUAUGCAGUGUGUAGAAUUGCAAAAUUUUGUCAAAACCCAAUGAACGAACAUUGGAAAGCCCUCGACCAAAUUUUUGGCUAUUUGAAAGCAACAAAAGAAUAUGGAAUUUGGGUUGGCGGACAAAAGAAAGGACUUGCUUGCUAUGUUGACGCGGACUUUGCAGGCGAUAUUGAUGAUUCCAAGUCAACAUCAGGAAGUAUAAUGUUUCUCAAUGAUGGACCAGUGGCUUGGUCCAGCAAGAAACAACCAACUACGGCUUUAUCAACAACAGAAGCUGAAUACAUAGCAGUGUGCCAAGGAGGAAAAACAGCUGUAUGGCUUGGCUACUUAUUGGAAGAUCUACUUGGGAAGGAUAUCAGGAAUGUACCAAUGUAUUGUGAUAACGAAGGGGCAGUGAGACUGGUGCAUAAUCCUGAACUGCACCAAAGAACAAAACACAUUCGACUCAAGUGGCACUGGAUAAGAGAACAAGUGGCGGACGGACUGCUAGCAGUGAAAUUUGUUAGAACACAUAAUCAGCUGGCCGAUACAUUUACAAAAGCACUUCCAGGACCAAGAUUCGUUGAUAUGAGAAAAAGAAUAGGUGUAGGUGUUGUAACAGAUUUACCAAGUAUGAGAUUGAGGGAGACUGUUGCGGACCAAUCUCAUACUUCGCGCCAGAAGUUUAGUUACGGCUCUCACCCCUUUAGAAAGAGGCUGUACAAACGCCCAAGGGGGGUUUCUGUUUUGCCUCUCCAUCUGUCUUCUUGAUUCCUUUCCUGUCAGUGUCUAGUCUCCUUCUUAUAAUAUCUGUGGUGUGAGUAUCAAGUGUUCUGGUUAAAGUAUUUCUUUGUUAUUAACUAAUCUCAUGCCAUGUUAUAUUACCAUGUGUGUAUUGAGUCGAUGCCAUGCCAUGACAAUAUAAAAGGGACUU